CGAUGUUUCAGCUGUUCAACGUGUGGUAUUACAAACAGUUUUUAUACAAAUUUUCUACAAAAAUGUUUUCGAAUUUGUUUGGGUGUGUUUUCUUUUUGAUUUUUCUUGAUUAUUCGGGCAGCAACAGCGUUAAAAGAGACAAACGGGGGGACAUCGAGCUGCAAACAUGUUUAGAUAAUUUCAAUGUACACAAGGAUAAAAUUAUCAGGACGCAGGACUCGCAAAAUAUGGGUGCCAAGUACUUGAGCGAAAUGGAUCUUGGUAGCAGGGAAGAAUGUUUGAGGUUAUGCUGCGAAACUGUCAAUUGUGACGUUUUUGUUUUUGAAGAAAAGAACUCCGGAAGUUGUUAUCUCUUCCAUUGCGGUCCGCCAGAAGAUUUCAAAUGCAAAUUCACCCACCACGUGAACUAUUCCAGCGCUAUUUUGGCAGUUAGCAGACACACGCCCGAUUUGGAGAACCAGAUUAAAUUGACCAAACACGAGCAGGAUCUGUCUAAAUUGAGAAAAUCUGAUCCCGAUGAGAUUGUAAAACAGCCUUCCCGGGAAAUAAUUCGUUCAACUUCUUCCACGACAACAACAAUCGCAUAUGGCGGAAAGGAAGUUCUUCCUCCAGUUAUCAACCAAAAAGCAAAAACAUCUGAAGAUAACGAUCAUCCUCCUCGAAAAUGCAGCCGCUUCCAGUUUGAAUGUCGCUCUACGCGCGAAUGCAUUGCGAUUUACAACGCUUGCGACGGCGUCCCGCAAUGCGCCGACGGAAGCGACGAGGCACCGGAACUGGAAUGCCCGCCGGCCGAUCCGGUCCUCGUGAUGACCGUCUCGUCCGUCCAAAGUCCAGGCCCGGCUCCCGCCGUCCAGCCGCUGCCCAAAAUACCGCCUGGACCACCACCGCAGACUGCGCAAGUGCACUAUCAAAAUAAUGAGAAUAUUCAGCCUAAACCUCGUAUUAAUCCACCAAUUGCAAACCAACAGGAUUUGAUGUAUCAUCCACAAGUGAUUUCACCUGAAGAGCACCUUCCGAAUGUGCAAAAUAGGCCUGAACAGCAAGACUUCUUGAGCCCCAUAAACGACCCAAUGAAUGUUAACUCCAGAAAUCACUAUAAUAACAUGAAGCCCCAGCAGUAUGUUCCUCAAAACCAACCAUGGAUCACACCUCAGUUAUCUUCACAAUAUAUCCCAUAUGAUCAAAAUGUGGUGGAUCCAAAAGGUCCAUCGCGUCUUCAGGCAGUCCAGGCUGGCAGCAUCUUCAACCACAAGGAAAGCGGUAUCCAGGUUAACGAUCCUGUUGGAGGUCGCGUGAUGGACACAUCCGAUGGAGCAAGUCAAAGACAACAACAGUACAUUCCCGGCGAUAACGAGCAAUUGAGGCCUAAUUAUGGACAAAAAACUCAAAAUUAUUACGAAAGCGAGAACUACAGGAAUCCUAUUCAACAAGAUAAUUGGCCUGUUAUUGUGCCCUACAAUAAUGCCCAACAAUAUCAACCAGUAAAUAAUAUACAGGAUAAUAAUUUAAUCCAAAAACAGCCAUCAAAUGUUUAUUAUUCGUCAGUUAAUGGACUGGAUGCAAAUAAAAAAGAAAAAGUUAACCCUAAGCAUGUCCAGGACCAAAUGGCCCACGACUUAAAACAUUCAAAAGACAACAUGGAGCACGACGGCACAACCGUGACCGAGAAAAAAAUAAAAAUCGAGAAACACGUAACCACCAAACACGUGCACGAAAAAUUCCCCGACGUAAUAUCCUACAAAAUAGCUGAUUCCAUGGAUCUCCAGGAUGGGGCCGCGGCUGUACCACGGGGUGCUGUACUCUCAUUGACGAUGGGGCUGAUUGUGACUUGCCUUCUCGCAAUUCUGAUUGGUUGCCGUCUUAAGGUGGUAAGACGUAGAAUGAGGAGAGGGGGUAAAUCAUAUGCUCACGACGCUGAUUAUUUAGUCAACGGGAUGUACUUGUAAUCCUUAAAAUACUUAAAUUAUUAUUAAAUACAGCGGUAUCCUAAGUAAGGGCUAUUCAUCAGACACUUUGAUAUGGUGGGACAGCCCCAAGUAAAGGAAAAAUACUAUUUUUUAUGAAAUUAAAACAAGAUUCUAAAUAAUUAAAUGUUUCUUAAAUAAAUGUAUUUCCCUAGGAACCCCUUAUGUUCUUCAUAAAGCAUGCCACUGCAAGAAUAUAAUGACAUAUUUUUAUUGAGCAUAUUGUUCAUUAUCUAUGUAAACAUGGUGUACAUAAUCUGUUGAUAUUUUGUUACUAUUCGUGAAUUUAGUAAAUUAUUAAAUAAAUU